GUCAUCUUCAUGUGAAUAGUCUAAAAACGAAUUUCGAACUUCUCAGUCCCAAAACAUAAAACCUAAACAAGCAGAUUGGCGGAACCUCCUCUUCCUCCACUUUCUCAUUAAUCUACUGAUGUACGGUGGAGAUCCUCAGCACAUCCAGCGCCCGCCGCUGGGACCACCAUUGCCUCCGCCGCCGCAACAACACCCAAAUGCUCAUCAAUUCCACCACCAACAGCAGCCGCAUGACUUCCCUCGCGGCCCGCACCUUCCACCCGGCCCACCACCGCCUCAGAUAAUGCGUCAGCCCUCGGCUUCCUCAACUACACUUAAUCCUCCUCCACCUGAUUUUCACCACCACCAUCAGCAGCACCAGCACCCGUCUGCUCAACCCCCUUUCUCCGGACAGCCGCCUUAUGAUGCUCAUGCCGAUAGUUUUGCUGCAAAAAGGAUGAGGAAAAUUGGUCAAAGACGAGCAGUUGACUAUACAAGUACCGUUGUAAGAUAUGUGCAGGCACGCAUGUUCCAGCGAGACUCAAGGGAUAGAACAGUACUGCAACCUAGCCCAGCAGCAGCUAUUGAUAUGUUGCCUGCUGUAGCCUACGGAGACAACCCAUCCACUAGUUUUGCAGCAAAAUUUGUACAUACAUCGUUGAACAAAAACCGUUGUUCAAUUAAUCGAGUUUUGUGGACCCCAAGUGGGAGACGCCUUAUUACUGGAUCUCAAAGUGGGGAAUUCACGCUGUGGAAUGGCCAGUCCUUCAAUUUUGAAAUGAUACUACAGGCCCAUGAGCAAGCUGUCAGAUCUAUGAUAUGGAGUUAUAAUGAGAACUGGAUGGUCACUGGGGAUGAUGGUGGCGCUAUAAAGUACUGGCAAAAUAACAUGAAUAAUGUGAAAGCUAAUAAAUCUGCACAUAAAGAAUCAGUCCGUGGCUUAAGGACAGAUUUGAAGUUCUGCUCCUGUUCUGAUGACACCACUGUUAAAGUUUGGGACUUCGCUAGGUGUCAGGAGGAGCGAUCGUUAUCUGGCCAUGGUUGGGAUGUAAAGUGUGUUGACUGGCACCCUACCAAGUCAUUAUUGGUUUCGGGUGGGAAGGACAAUCUUGUCAAACUCUGGGAUGCUAAGUCAGGACGAGAGCUCUGUUCGUUUCAUGGUCACAAGAAUACGGUCCUUUGUGUGAAAUGGAAUCAAAAUGGCAACUGGGUUUUAACAGCUUCAAAGGAUCAAAUCAUCAAGCUUUAUGAUAUACGGGCCAUGAAGGAGCUUGAAUCUUUUCGUGGGCAUCGCAAGGAUGUCACUGCAUUAGCUUGGCAUCCAUUUCAUGAAGAAUACUUUGUUAGUGGAAGCUUUGACGGAUCAAUUUUCCAUUGGCUGGUGGGGCAUGAGACUCCCCAGGUUGAGAUACAGAAUGCGCAUGAUAACAGCGUUUGGGAUCUUGCAUGGCAUCCUAUAGGGUACCUUCUCUGCAGUGGUGGCAACGAUCACGCUACAAAAUUUUGGUGCAGAAAUCGGCCUGGGGAUCCAAUUCGUGAUAAUAAAUUUAACUUAGGACAAAAUCAAGGUUUUGGGGACCAAAAUCCUGCUAUGGGUGGCCGUGUUUCUGUUCCUUUCCCAGUGGCCGAGGCCCCCACGACUCCCGGGCCAUUUGGGCCCGGGUUGGCCCGUAACGAAGGAACAAUCCCAGGCAUUGGAGUUGCUAUGCCACUUAAUAUUGCAUCUCUUGAUUCAGCUGGUCAAGACCAGAAGCCACCUAUAUCCAUGCCUUUAGGACCUCCUCCACUGCCACCGGGCCCACACCCAUCCCUUCUCGGAAAACAACAAAAUGCUCAACAGCACCAGAAUUUACCCCCCCAGCAGCAGACGUCUUCACUGCCAUUGCAGCCACCAAACUUACCUCAGAUGCAGCAGCAUUUACCGAUGGUGGCAUGAAUCAAAUGGUACCUCCAUUGCAAGGCCACUUUAUGGGGAUGAAUCAAAUGCCUUCUGUAUCUGGAAAUAUGCAUCCAGCUGGCAAUCAAAUGUAUCAACCGGGCGGGGGCUUUAACAGACCACAGGGAGGGCAGAUGCCAAUGAUACCGGGAAUGAAUCCUUACCAGUCUGGAAAUGGUAAUGCCCCUGGAGCUGGAAUGCCAUCGAGCUUUUCCGGGAUGCCUCCGCCUCUGCCUCCUGGGCCCCCACCACACGGUCAACCUCAUCAGUAGCACUCAAAUUUGUACAUCAUUUUGGUUCAUUGUUAGGAUGAGAAAAUGUGGACAUCUCUCUUUCUCUUGUUGUGUUUUAAUUAAAGUGUAGCUUGAUGAUAAAGCUUAGAUAUGUACAUUCAUUGAUUGGAAUGGACUUUUUUCGCUGUUCCGUAAGCAAUAGAAGUCACAUGUAAGAUGUUUGAAUUUGUAAUGGACAUCUCUCUCUCUCUCUCUCUC